ACACUCACAAAAUCCCACACACGCGACACUCACAAAACACUCCUAAAAUCCCACAAGUGAGAGAAACUUUGGAGUGAUCCUCCAUUCACACACACACACACACACUCACUCACACACAUGCUUAAGACACUGUGAGAGCCUCCGCACACACACCAUUAGUCAUACAUCACGGGGACACCGUAGGAGACUCCUUCCAGACACAGGACCUCGCUGGACUCCAGAGAUGGAUGUUCUCCUCUCUACCCUGCUCCUCCUGACUGCGUGUCACUCGUACAUCCUCACAGACCCAAAGUCAGAAACAACACUCCGGCCUGUGUCAUCCACCACACCUGAGACACCCACCACAGCUGCUUCAGUGUCUCUGACAUCACACACCACUCCUCCUGCUCACAAUGAAACCACGGCAACAUCUGCUGCCUCGGCGACAGAGGGGACAUCCUCCCCAGCCACACCCUCCACAGGUUUCCAAGGUGGAAGGCUACUGACUGUAACGCCUUCAUCGGUCCCAGGAACGAGGUGGACAACGACGAUGACGACAGCAACAGCAACAGCAGCAGGAAAUGCCAGCGGGGCGGAGCCCACGUCACCGGCGGCGUUAUCUCCCACACGCACCACUGCUUCCCGGCCGCCGCCGCUCACCUCGCGCGUCACCACGGCAACGCCAGUGUCGGCAACAACUGCAGGACCAUCCACAGCUCCAGGAAACUCCUCUACUCACCCGUCUGGAACUGAGGCAACAGUUUCCCCCACCCAGUCCACAGGAAACAGCCUCACCAUGCUGGCCUUCGGGGUCAUGAGCUUCAUCCUCGUUCUCAUCAUCGUCAUGGUGAUUCUAGUCACGGCUGUCAACCUGCGAGGAAAGUGCAACAGCUCUUCAAGAGAAGAAGGUAAAAAGACCGGUGAUUCCAUGGUGUCUGAAAGCAACGUGACGAUGAAUGGAGAGAAAGACAGCAUCACCCUGGUCUCCAUGAAAUCAAUAAACACCGAAACUGACACAGAUUCGCCUCAGGUCUCCUCGGUUCACAGCACCAUUCUGGACAAUGAGGAGCAGGAGCUGAGGAGGGAUCUGCUUAACCCCACCCACCCCUCCCACCCUAAGGUGGGUCUGUCACUGCGACGCUGA